CAAGUAUCAUCGUCAGUCUGUUUACUUGUAACUGAGCUAGCUUUAGCAUCUGCUGAACAUUAAGGUACAGCUGCUGAGAGGUCAGAGGUCAGCACGCCUUCAUCAUGGUCAAACAGCCACAGAGGACAGACAGGUGUUUUAUACCCACUGCAGGAAGUGCAUUGGCGAGGGUUCGAUUCCCUGUCUGUGCUGCUCAGAGGAGGCCGGCUCCACCCCAGCAGGCGUCAGAAACAGGAAGUACCGAGAGCUGGCCACGCUGCAGCUCCACCGCCACAGAAGAAGAGAGGGGUGCUGAUGGGCCGAGCCAGCCUGGAGGCGUGGAGGGAGGAUCAGAAGAAUCGGAUUCAAAGCGAGCAAGGAUGGAGGACGACGUGGCUCCGCCCAGCAGAGUGUGUGUGAUCCAGAUGUGUAAGCAGCUCUGCCGGCCCUUCUGUCCGGUGUGUGGACGUCACUUCCGGACUCCCAGGAAGUUUGUGGAGCACAUGAAGUCAUCGGAACACAAACAGCAGGUGCUCCUGCAGGAGGCUCAGGAGGAGGAGCUCAUCACCGUGGAUGCUGUCGGCUGCUUCGAGGAGGAGGGGGAGGAAGAGGAGGAGGGGGCGGUGGUGGAGGAAGAAGUGGACGUAGCUGACGAGGAAGAGGAUGCAGCAACAAAGGAAGAGGUGGCUGAGGAAGAGGAGGACAAGCGGCGAGCAGAGUACGACCCCAGCACGGCGUAUGCAGCUUUGUCGCCCCCUGGUGGACGAUCUGUAGAGAGAAAAUCCAGAAGGCGUAGAUCAGAGUGUGGAUUUUGUCUCGUCGUGUCCCUGCGACAAACAGGAAGUGACGCUUUACUCUCUGUCCCCACAGGAAGCAGUUUUGUGGUUCCUGUUUGUGGCUUCAUGUGUCGACUCUGCAAAAAGUUUUUCUACAGUGAAGCUGCAGCUCGACACACACACUGCAGGACACGCACACACUACCUCCACUUGCAGGUACAUAUCUGCUUUCUAUUUAAUGACUGUCUUCAUGUAACAGGUGUGUCAGCGAAGCGUGCACACCUGUGGACAGUCACAGGUGAGCUGAUGUCCCUGCAGCACAGACGCACCUGUGCAGCCCAGAGUGAAAGCUCAGAGCUCGAUCUGAAGACCACACAGGAGGAGGGAACCUGACAGGUGACCUCACCUGUACCUGCAGGUUUCACUCUAAUACUGACACACACACACACACAACCCCGUUCAGCUAUGUUAGUGAGGACCUUCAUUGACAUAAUGCUCCCCUAGCCCCAUAUUAAAAAUGAGCCUGACCCUAACCUAACUGUAACCCUGACACUGAAACCACACU